UUCUCAUGGACCCGUCUACUUCUCGUCCAGCUGUAGUCAUCGAUAAUGGCUCCGGGUAUACGAAGAUGGGGUUUGCUGGUAAUGUUGAGCCAUGUUUUAUUGUUCCGACAGUGGUUGCACUUAAUGAGUCGUUUCUGAAUCAAUCUAGGAGCUCUUCUAAAGGCAAUUGGGUUGCCCAGCACAAUGCUGGGGUUAUGGCGGAUCUUGAUUUCUUCAUUGGGGAUGACGCACUUUCCAAGUCUCGAUCUAGCAGUACUUACAAUCUCAGCUACCCGAUUCGGCAUGGUCAGGUUGAGAAUUGGGAUGCCAUGGAGCGCUUCUGGCAGCAGUGCAUAUUCAACUAUUUGAGGUGUGAUCCGGAGGAUCACUAUUUUCUCUUGACUGAGAGUCCGUUGACCGCGCCUGAGAGUCGCGAGUAUACUGGGGAAAUCAUGUUUGAGACUUUUAACGUGCCUGGACUUUACAUUGCUGUGAAUUCUGUGCUUGCCCUUGCCGCUGGAUACACAACGUCUAAGUGUGAGAUGACAGGAGUUGUAGUGGAUGUUGGAGAUGGGGCUACUCAUGUUGUACCUGUUGCAGAUGGUUAUGUUAUUGGUAGUAGCAUCAAAUCGAUUCCUAUUGCUGGAAAGGAUGUUACCCUUUUUGUUCAGCAGCUUAUGCGGGUAGGUUAUCUUUGUGGUAUAAAAUUAAAAGGUUAAUGUGCUGGUAUUGUUCUUAUAUUUGAA